UGAGAGCGCUGCUGGUAGUGCUGGCAAGAGGGGAAAAAACGGCAAUAAGUAAUAGGAACGCGCAUACCGCGAAGGUAGCGGUGCUGUGUCGUGUAACGGUCCGUCGGGGACGCGGACGCGGCGCGGUGCUCGGCUCAGACGGGGUGUGGAAAAGGGGGCUCAUCUUUGCCAAGAUCAGAAAUGGCAGUGAAAGGGAUUUGGGGUUGGACAGAUUUUGGAGUCAUGGAGUAAUGAAACAGCUUGCCUGAUUGCUCCCUUUGGCACAUGUUUGAGACCCCAGCUUCAGCCAGCACUGUACCUCCAGGGAGGCCAUCUUGGCGGUAGAAGUAUUUUAUUUUUCUGCCCAGUUUCCAGCAGGGGAAAAAACACACCUAAACAAACUAGCGCUCCAGUGGGCAAAUCUUGUGGAAGAACUCUGUGGCUUGGUCAUUCACACACGUGUGUGAGAAGCAUCGGCUGCUCCUGUCUUGAGCCAUCAUGUAUGGCAGCGCGCGCUCCGUAGGUAAGAUGGAGGGCAGCAACCAGAGCCCUGGGCGCUCCCCACGGCUGCCCCGCUCCCCCCGGCUGGGACACCGUCGUACCAACAGUACAGGGGGCAGUGGCAGUGGAGCGGGUGGAUCUGGCGGGAAGACGCUCUCUAUGGAGAACAUCCAGUCCCUGAAUGCAGCCUAUGCUGCCUCUGGCCCUAUGUACCUAAGCGACAACGAGGUGGUCGCAGCUCCGGACCUGCCCAAGAGCACCAUGACACUGGGCCGCUCUGGCGGAAGGCUGCCCUACGGUGUGCGUGGAGCUGUAAUGGGCAGCAGCCCCAACAUCGCCACAGCAACGCCACCUGGAGCAGGACCCAGUGAUGCCAUUGCAUUUGGGGACCACCACAUGCCCUCGAGCUUGGCAUCCACUGUACCUCACUCACUGCGUCAGGCCCGGGACAACACCAUAAUGGACUUGCAGGCUCAGCUGAAAGAAGUUCUGCGGGAGAACGAGCUUCUGCGGAAGGAAGUGGAUGUGAAGGAGAGCAAGCUCAGCUCCUCCAUGAAUUCCAUCAAGACUUUCUGGAGCCCGGAGCUGAAGAAAGAGCGUGCUCUCCGUAAGGAUGAGGUCUCCAAGAUUGCAGUUUGGAAGGAGCAGUACCGGGUGAUGCAGGACGAGAACCAGCACCUGCAGAUGACCAUCCAGGCUCUGCAGGAUGAGCUAAGGAUCCAGAGGGACCUGAACCAGCUAUUCCAACAGGACUGUGGCUCUCGACCUGGGGAGCCGCUCGCAGCCGAGCUAACCGAGGAGAACUUUCAGCGGCUGCGCAGCGAACAUGAGCGGCAGGCCAAAGAGCUCUUCCUCCUGAGGAAGACCCUCGAGGAAAUGGAGCUGCGUAUUGAGACGCAGAAGCAGACGUUGGGUGCACGUGAUGAGUCCAUUAAGAAGCUGCUGGAGAUGCUGCAGAGCAAGGGGCUCUCGGCUAAGGCCAGCGAGGAGGACCACGAGCGUACCCGCCGCCUGGCUGAGGCCGAGAUGCAUGUGCACCACCUGGAAAGCCUGCUGGAGCAGAAGGAGAAGGAGACGGCGGCUCUGCGGGAGGAGCUGCACCGGCGCUAUGAGGGAGCCCCAGAGUCUGCCAAAACCAAAGCGCUGCAGACAGUCAUUGAGAUGAAGGACUCCAAGAUAAGCUCUCUUGAGCGUAGCCUGAGAGACCUGGAGGAAGAGAUCCAGAUGCUUAAGUCCAAUGGUGCCCUGAGCACAGAGGAGCGGGAAGAGGAGAUGAAGCAGAUGGAGGUGUACCGCAGUCACUCAAAGUUCAUGAAGAACAAGGUAGAGCAGCUGAAGGAGGAGCUGUCUCAGAAAGAGGCCGAGGGGGAGGAGCUGAAAAAACGAGCGGCUGACCUACAGCUGGAGAUUGACCAGGUGAAGCAGGACCUCUCCAGAAAAGACACAGAGCUGCUGGGGCUGCAGACCAAGCUGGAGACCCUGACCAACCAGUUCUCUGACAGCAAACAGCACAUCGAGGUGCUGAAGGAGUCGCUGACUGCCAAGGAGCAGCGUGCCGCUAUACUGCAGACAGAGGUGGAUGCCCUGCGUCUCCGUCUGGAAGAGAAGGAGACUAUGCUGAACAAGAAGAGCAAGCAGAUCCAGGAGAUGUCAGAGGAGAAGGGCACUUUGAAUGGGGAGAUCCAUGACCUGAAGGACAUGCUGGAUGUGAAGGAGCGCAAGGUGAACGUGCUGCAGAAAAAGAUUGAGAACCUGCAGGAACAGCUGAGGGACAAGGAGAAGCAGUUGAGCAGCCUGAAGGAGAGGGUCAAGUCCCUGCAGGCAGACACCUCCAACACGGACACUGCUCUCACCACCCUGGAAGAGGCACUGGCUGAGAAGGAACGCAUCAUUGAACGGCUGAAGGAGCAGCGAGACCGAGAUGAGCGGGAGAAGGCCGAAGAGCUGGAGAACAACAAGAAGGAACUGAAGGAGCUGAAGGAGAAAGUCAGCAUACUCCAGGGAGACUUGUCUGACCGUGAGGCAUCUCUGUUGGACCUCAAGGAGCAUGCAUCAUCGUUGGCCUCUUCAGGGCUAAAGAAGGAUUCCAAACUGAAGAGUUUAGAGAUUGCCCUGGAGCAGAAGAAGGAGGAGUGUGCCAAGCUGGAGUCUCAGCUCAAGAAGGCACAGAAUGCAGCAGUGGAAGCGCAGGCCAACACGGAGCUGUUGGACCGCAUCGGUACGCUGGAGUGCGAGGUCACCCGGCACCGCGAGGAUGCAGCAAAGUCACAGGCUGAGGUAGACCGCCUGCUGGAGAUCCUCCGUGAGAUGGAGAACGAGAAAAAUGACAAGGACAAGAAGAUCAGUGAGCUGGAGAGCCUGGCUUCAAGGCAGAUGAAGGACCAGAGUAAGAAGGUGGCCACCCUUAAGCACAAAGAGCAGGUAGAGAAGAAUAAGAAUGCCCAGCUCAUGGAGGAAGCACGUAAGAGGGAGGAUAACAUCAAUGAGAGCUCCCAACAGGUGAAGGAUUCCCUGCGGCAGAAGGAUGAUCGCAUUGAGGAGCUGGAGGAGGCAUUGCGAGAGAGUGUGCAGAUCACAGCUGAGAGGGAGAUGGUGCUGGCACAAGAGGAGGCCGCCCGCACACACGCAGAGAAACAGAUGGAGGAGCUGCUGGCAGCCAUGGAAAAGGUGAAGCAGGAGCUGGAGUCCAUGAAGGCCAAGCUGUCAUCCACCCAGCAGUCCCUGGCUGAGAAGGAGGCCCACCUGACCACACUGCGUGCAGAGCGCAGGAAGCACCUGGAAGAGGUGCUGGAGAUGAAGCAGGAGGCACUCUUGGCAGCCAUCAGUGAAAAGGAUGCCAACAUUGCCCUGCUGGAGCUGUCAUCUUCCAAGAAGAAGAAGACCCAAGAUGAGGUAGCCCUGCUUAAGCGGGAGAAAGACCGGCUGGUCCAGCAGCUCAAACAGCAGACCCAGAAUCGCAUGAAGCUGAUGGCCGACAACUAUGAGGAUGACCACCUGAAGGCAUCUUCGCAUUCUGACCAGACCAAUCAUAAACCCUCUCCAGAUCAGAUCAUCCCCCCUCUUUUAGACCUCAAUCAGAACCGCAGUAAGUUGAAGCUGUACAUCGGCCACUUGACCGCCCUGUGCCACGAGCGAGACCCCCACAUCCUGCAGGACCUGGCCCCACCAACCGCUUACCACCGCAGUGAGAGGGCAGCCUGGGAGGAGGAGCUGCAGAAGAUGAGUCUUGAACAGCUGGAGUGUGAGCUGGAGCAGUGUGAGCGGGAGAGUGCAGAACUCCAGGAGUAUGCCAACUCUGUCCUGCAACAGAUUGCAGACCACUGCCCUGACAUCUUGGAGCAGGUGGUCAAUGCCCUGGAAGAGUCCUCCUGACCCUGCCCUCUCUACCCCUGUGACAUCUCACAGCUGCCCCCACCCCCCAUCCAGUGUUCCUCUAGAUUACCAUUCCUCCCAGUCUAACCCUAUCCUCACACCUCCAGUCUCCCUCAGGGAGUACACCAUGUGCCAAACCCACCUCACCACCAUGACCUCCCAGUCACCAGAGGAAGGACAAGCUUGGCAUGGGAAGAAGUAUACGUGCUGAAUCCUGCUGGAAGAGUCCGGCUCCUGGAGACCCAGCACCGCCUCCAGGAGAGGGGAAAACCCUUUCCAGAGCACCUGAGCCCCUUCCCCACUGUAGGAGGGGGCUGUUUACAAUUGUGAAAAGGGACAGGCUGCUGGAUGUUCCUCCAGGUUAAAAUUCAUAUAUUGGCCCCUCCCAGCAUGUGUUGAGCAUAGGUGACCCACUGGAGGGAGAGUAGAGCCCCCCAUUUUAGAACACUGUAACUGAUAUCUGCUUGGUUGCGUACUAGAUGCCCAAAAUGUGUUCUUGCAUGCCCUCUUUUAAAGAGCACGUUUUGGGGUCUUUUGUGCCGGGUUUGGGGCUGGGAAAGAAACGCUUGAUAAUGAGUGAGCACAAUAAUGUUAGAAUUGCAAGAUGCUGAAAAUGGUGGAAAAGAUAUUGAAUACUUUUAUCUUUUUAGUGGUUUCCUCUUACAUUGCAGGCAUGAUUGGUCUUUUAGUUGCUUGAAGAAAAAAGGUCUGAAUUGUUGGUUUCUGGGCCUUUUCAAAGCUGGGGACAGUGUUUCAUAAAACCAUCUUUCUCCUGAAAGAAUAACCAAAUAAAUCCUGGCAUCAAGACUUAGAUUUGCUAUGAAACCUUGGGCUUGGAUUGUUGUUGAAAGGAACAUCAACCUUUCAUAUUUACACUACGACUACAGUAGUCUUCUCCAAAAGGGUCUUUGUCAAAAGUUGCCUCACACACCUUUGAGGUCAACGCAAGUUUCUGACAAAAACCUGCUACAAGAGUGAAUGGUCUUCACGUAAUUGUGUGAACAUGUCAUCACUUGGGAUAUCCCUAAAACCACAACUUCAGCUGACACAUUUUUGAGAAGUCUGAAAGUUUGAAACACAAUUGCCUUUAAUUUAUGACUUCGCUGCUAUCUUUUUGCUGUCUUAUUGUAGCUAGUCCCUUUGUUAUUGCCUUCCAAUUAUAAACUUGUGACUUGCAGAAUUAACAGGCAGUUUUGCUGGUCACUUGCUAUAGUAACACUAUCUGCUUAGGUUGAACGGCCAGGCAACCAAAAAUUUAACUUUCAAAAGUCACAGCAAACUUGGCCACUCAGCUGUGCCAUUUGAAGACAUGCAUUUUGACACUAGAACAAUUUUCAUGUUUACAGGAGAGAGGGCUUGGACGCUGGUGACUCUUCUCCCAUAAACAGUUUUAACUGGAGUCACUGUUUGCAAAUGCACACCAACAUCUGUGUUUUUGAGUACAGCUGCAACCUGCUAGAGGGGCUGAUGCAUCUGAGAGAAUCAUUAAACGACAAGGCAGGAAUAGGGAAGAGUCCAUUGCUUUUCAUUAGGAAGUUCACCUGGUACUUAAUUCCCUACCCUGUCAUAACGAUUGCAAUGUUGUGGUAGUUUCAAGUAAAGUGUGCAGCUUGCAGUGGAGGUGCAUGUGUACACACGGGAGGGUGUCAUGGGAAGAGUUAUCAAAAUUGCAAGAUGAAUUUGAGUUCUACCUUUGACUCUGAACAUGGAAUGGGUCACAGCUGGAUAGGCUUAGACACCUUAGUAAUGGCAUCAUGUACAGUUCCUCCCGGUGAACCAGUCACUUACUGCCCAAUGGUUCCCGUAUCUCUUAUUUGGCUGUUUUUGACGAUGACUUACAGAGCUGCCCUGUUGUCUGCCUCAAACGUUCUUCCUUGAUGGGGAACACUGUUAGAGGAGAGUGUCUUUACGAGUGGAGAAGUAGUAGCUGUUCUUUGGCUGGAGUUUUGUUGGUAAUUAGACAAUAGGUUUUUUUUUUUUUUUGCCUAGAAUGAAUUCUGAAGACAGGGCUUGAGAAGAGGGUGAUUUUUCUGUAGAGGACAAGACUAGGGAGGUGGAUUGUUCCUACUUGGAGCUCUGUCAUGACUUGGUGAAGCAGUGGAUCUGCACCAGGCUCUGAUAUGCUAUGGGCCUACCCUUUGCAGCCCAAAACUGGCUUACUUCACCCUGUCUGAGAAGCAGAAUUCUGUGCCUCGUGUUGUUGACUGCUUUUCCUGUGCCGAGAAGUUUGUCAUACCUCACGUCACACCAAGUCCAGCCAGGUUGUAGCUUAUCACCCAGCUCUGUCAUCACUCUGUUACCUCUUUACUGCUGCUGUUCCUCUACUUAUUCUGUGGAAGUUCAAGUGCAGCAAAUAGCCAACUAGCUGGACUUAUUUUAUAAGAUGCCCCCCUCCAUUUUCAAUCCAUGAGUCAGUACCCUUCUUUCUUAGAGCAAAUGCUUACUGGCUCUUCUCUGACUUCCUGUUCUCUGGCACUAAGAAAAGCAAGUGCCUCAGACUAAAUAGAGCCUCAUGCAAGUCCCUUGGGAUUAUGUGCUUUUGCGCAGUAACUGCUCUCUGAAACCUAGUGGGUUUUACAUGAGCUGUGUACUUUAGGGGGAACAGAGAGAUCUGAUUGCCAGGAGCAGUACUGAUUGGCAGCAUCGCUUGUGGUAUACCAACAAUAUCACGUGCUUGUGAUUACUUAAAGCACACAGGCCACGUACUGAGAGCAGAAACUGUAUUCCUGAAUUACAUUUCAAGUCGUUUGAGCUUUUUUGUGGGGACAGAGCUGGUUCUGGUGGCAUUGAUCACAUUUGUGCAUGUCACUGGUUCAGGGGAUACUUCUAGUAUCGUCAGCCCUGAGUGCACGUGGGUUAGAUUGAUCUCUAGUGCCAUACUCAUGCAGACGCCGAUUUGUCGGGCAUCUUAGAUAUUUUAAAACACAGGUCCGUGUUCAGGAAAGUCAAAAAUGACACAGCAUCUUUGAACUAUAUUUGGUUCUGUUGCUUACCAUCCACUUAAUACUCUCAGCUGCCUUUGAUGCACAUUAGCUCUGGCAUCACAUGGGAAACUGUUCUGCUUUUCAGCAGCAGGAUCUGUGGCCCACAGCUUGGGGCCUUAAGAUAAGAAGCACUGCUAUAGGUUGUUGUCCCUUUUUGUUUACCAAAGAAGGGUUCGGGGAUCAGGUCCCAGAGAGGGCAAGAAGGCACAGCUGACAGCGAAGAGAUCAGCUGGUGACUUCUGGACACUGGAUGAAUGUCUGGGGAAGCCAAACACUUUCCCGCACAGGAGACUGGGAGAGCUGAGAAGGGUCGUGGUGAUACUGUAAGAGUUUGCUCUACACAAUGGUAGUUGUUUCUUUCCUUUUCACUUUGUUUUUCUUGGUCUUGUUUUGGAGUUAAUAAGCUUAAGAAAGUGUUCUACAUGCAAGCACACAAGGGCAGGAGGUGUGUGGUUCUUUGUUACCCCACUCCAAGCCGUUCCACAGUAGCUGAGUCCAUGUGCUGUGUACACGUGUGCGUGGAAACGUGAGCGAACCAAUGGUGUUGUACAUUUGUGUAAAACAUGAAGAAAAAAGAAAAGUCAAAAGCAGUAAACUUGUUGUUUGUGUCUGUGAUCUGUGUUGAAACUGGCUUUUCCGUCGUUUUUGUCCCACUUUUAAGUUUUUGUCCUUUUUUAUUUUCUUGCGGGAUUUUUGUGUGAGGUUCGUGUCUCCUGUCUGCUUGUCUGGGAUCGAAGGCGAACGUUCAUAUUCUGCAUGGGUCUCGCUGUUGCUCCAGUCGACGGCGAACACGGCCAAGUUGACAGCAGUGCCAGGCAUCCCAGACAGCAAUGUUUUAAAGUAUACAUAUGCAUAGACAUAUAUAUUUAUAUAUAAAGUAAAUAGGUGGAUAGACAGUUGAAUAUAAUGUUUUGCACAAAAUAUCCAAGGGGAGGGAACUGAUCCUUCUGAACAAAAUGGCUCUUAAUCAGUCCCUUGUGUCUUUAAAAGAAGUGAAAGAAUAAAACAAUAUGUGUCAGAAAAUCAUUUUAAGUGUCAAAACAAGGUGUUAACACAAAAACUGUUACCAUGUGGUUUAAAAAAAAAAAAAGUACUGUUCUGUACUUGAUAUCUGACUUUUUCACUCAUACCUUCUUUUUUCCUGUUUUGCAGCCUGUUAAUAAUGUGUGUGACUCUUGAGACUGCAAUGUCGAAACUACAGCAUUUUUUUUUAUUAUUAUUUUUUAAGUCGGCAAUGUGUGUCUAUCCAGGGACCUGCCCUUCCAUCACUGUGUUUCUUUAGGGGUUAAUAAUGCCAAAACCUUUCCUAACUGUGAUCUCUGAUGUCAUGCUAUGUGGGUUUGCUGGUCAGUAUGAAGACUUAGAUGCAAGCAACAACCCUUCAGGGUACUACUGCUCGUUUUGGUCUUUUUACCUGUCAAAGAACAGACUCACAUUCUGCAAACUGCCAUACUGAUUGGUUGUCCUCAUCACAUCACACACACUGGUUUCAUCUAUGAAUGAUUCAAGCUGUGAUCCUAAAGUUUAGAAAACAUGUUUCAGUGUUAAGCACUGAUGGUUAUCCUUUGAUAGAAUGAAACUGACAUUCUCACACCUUUUUUUUUUUUUUUUUUUUUUUUUUUUAAACCAAGAUUGAAUACAUUUAUGUUUUAGGGGGUUUAACUGUAAUUGUGGCAUUUUAGAAUCCUAAAAAAGUGUGACGUUCCCACCACUUCACACAACUGGAAUCUGAAAAAGUUUAUCUGCAGUUAUGGGCAGUCCAGCGUAUUCAGAUGUGUUCACAGUGCAUUGGGUCGGUGUUCAGUUUUCAUUUCACUGAUAAAUGUUUCAUGGGAAGCUAGAUAAUACAAAUUCCCAUGUAAAUAAUAGGGGGG